AUGAGGACGUCUCUCUUUCUCUUUGUCUCACUCUUUCUUUGUUUAGCUACAAUUUUAUUCUGUCUCCUCAGCCUUUACUCUGCGCCAUUCUCUCUUUUCUCUUCUCUCUUUCUUCUUCCUUUCUUUCCCUCUUUUUUUAUCCCUUACUCACUCUCACACGCUCUUUCUAUUUGUCAUCCCCACCCCACGAACUCUUUCAAACGUUUCGCUUUUUCUUUCCACCUCACCCCAGUCGAUAUUUCCCCCCCCCACACUUUACCCAUUUUGAAAUGUAUAACCGAACGGAAUUGCAUCAGUUCUUUUGAAGUCAACCGCAUGGGGUCGCUACAAAUUCCCCCAUUAUUUUUGCCAUCAGUCUGUCUGUCUGUCUGUCUGUCUGUCUAUCUAUCUAUCUAUCUAUCUCUCCUUUCUUUCUAUCUCACUCUGUUUUUGUUUUCUUUCUAUCUAUCUACGUGCCUAUCUCACUUUGCUUUUGAUCUAUCUAUCUAUCUAUCUAUCUAUCUAUCUAUCUGUCUGUCUGAUGUCUAUCUAUCUAUUUCAUUCUGCUUUUCUUUCAUUUCUAUCUAUAUCACUCUGUUUUUUCAUCCAUUGCACCCUCUUUUAUUCUUUCGUUCGUUCUUUCUUUCUAUCUAUCUAUAUUACUCAGUACUUCUUUCUUUAUAUCUAUCUAUCGAUCGAUCGAUCGAUCGAUCGAUCGAUCUCACUCUGUUUUAUCUAUCUCACUCUGAUUUUUUCUUUCUAUCUUUCAUUCUUUCGUCCGUUCUUUCUUUCUAUCUACCUCACUCUAUUUUUGCUUUCUUUCUAUUUCACUCUGUUCUUCUAUCUAUCUAUCUAUCUAUCUAUCUAUCUAUCUAUCUAGUUCUGUUCAUUCUCUAUCUAUCUGUCUGUCUCUCGAUCUAUCUUAAUCUGUUUUUUCUUACCUUCUCCUGUUUUUCUAUUUCACUUUGUUUUUUCCCUUUUUAUCUCAUUCUGUUUUUUCUUUCUUUCUUUUUCUUCCUUGCUGUUUAUCUAUUUCCAUUCUGUUUUUCUUUCUUUCUUUCUUUCUUUCUUUCUUUCUUUCUUUCUACCUCGCUCUGUUUUUCUGUCUUUCUAUCUAUCUCGUUUUCUGUUUUUACUUUCUUUCUCUCUACCUAUCUGUCUAUCUCACUCUGUUUUUUCUUUCUAUCUAUCUCAUUCUGUUUUUUUUUCUUUUUCCUAUCCCUCUCUCUAUCAACCUCACUCUGUUUUUAUCUAUCUAUCUAUCUAUCUAUCUAUCUAUCUAUCUAUCCCAUUCUGAUUAUCUAUCUAUCUAUCUAUCUAUCUAUCUAUCUAUCUAUCACACUGUUUUUUUUUUCUUUCUAUCUAUCUGACUCUGUUUUUUCUUUUUUUCUUUAUGUCUCACUCUUUUCUUCUUUCUUUCGUUCUAUGUAUGUAUCUAUGUAUCUACUUCACUCUGUUUUUUUUAUCUAUCUCACUCUCUUUUUCUUUCUUUCUAUCUAUCUAUCGUAA